AUGGCUGACAGAGAAAUUGACCUUCAAGAUGAGAAGUUGAAUGAAGAUGAAGAGAUGAAUGAGUUUGAUGAUAAUGAAGACGCUCCCAUUAGCAAUGCCGAAUUGUUUAAAACCCAAGAACAAGCAGGAGCUUAUCAAGAGAAUGGUUCCAAAGAUGGUGAAGGUGAUAUGAUAGAUGAUGGUUCAGGCAAACUGUUUGAAAUUCCAGAAUUCACAAGAAAGGACAAGACUUUGAAUGAAGUGUUAGGUCUCAUGGAAGAUAAUCCUCCUAUAAUCCCAGAUGCAGUGAUAGAUUACUAUUUGAUGAAGAAUGGAUUUUCAUGUGCAGAUGUGAGGGUUAAAAGGUUACUUGCACUGGCAACCCAAAAAUUUGUUAGUGAUAUUGCAGGAGAUGCCUAUGAAUAUUCCAGAAUACGGUCAUCAGUCGCCCUAAAUAAUGCGAAUAACGGUCAGGCUAGGGCACGUCAAUUAAUGCAGGGUCAACAGCAACCUGGUCAACAGCAGAUCUCCCAACAGCAGCAGCAGCAGAACGAGAAGACCACCCAGAGUAAAGUCGUCCUAACAGUCGGUGAUCUAAGUAGUGCAGUAGCCGAAUACGGACUAAACAUAAGUCGGCCUGAUUUUUACCGUUAA